CUAGCUCACACAAGCUCCAAACUUCCUCUUCUUCCUUUCCAGUUUGGCGGCUCAAGGUUGGGAUCACAGUACCAACCAGCCGCAUGGAAGAACCAUAAAACACUCCAGCCACAUCAUUCUUCUUCUUCUUUGUCCGCCCCCGCCCCCGCCCCCUCCCCGUCAUGCUUGUCCGGCCGCCGCCGCUCUUCGGCGCCACUAUCGGCAUUCUGCCACCAUGCUUCCCACGUUCAGUGCUAGUCACGAAGACGACAAUAUCGGCGAAAACAGCAGCCACAAAAGUACUUGGAUCACCCGUGAACGUUGUUGCGGCUUAUCAUAUGCGGGGCCCGUCACAGUUGCGAUGGCAAUCACAACUUCUUUGUCGUAGCAUGGAAGCGCUACCUCAGGCACAGAAGAUCACUCCAGUCGCAGCACCAGUCCGACUGAGUGGGAGGAAGUCUUCGCUAGUGAUGCGACUUGUUGCCAUCAGACUGGCCUCAACUGAGUCACCGGCGGCGCAAAAGAAACAGGGAGGGGUAGUACAGGCUAGCAAUGGAGAACAGACACAGGCACAGACACAGGGUCAAGCUCAACUACCACCGACUGCUGCGAAUGGGGUCCCGCAGCUUAAGGCGCCGAAGCUUGAAUAUCCUGAGCGUUUGCUUAUCUAUAAUGCCGGCAAGGGGAAAAUCAUCUUCAUCGCCCUCCUCAAACUCACCACGGUCUUGAUCUUUUCCGCCUUCGGCCUCUUCGUCGCUCCAGCUUACAUCGUUAACGGGUCGCCCCUCGCUGGCGUCGCCAUCUUCACCUGCGGCCUAACCCCCCUCCUCUUCCUCGCCCACUCCUCCCGCCCCUUCGUCGCCCAAAUCCACCUAACCAAGCUCCCCCCCUACGCCCGCCUAUCCUCCGACGUCCUCCUCCGCUUCGCGCGCUCUCUGCCCCCUCAGUCUGCCUCCCGUCUCGAAUUCGUCACCAUGUCACUGAUCGGUAAGCCGCGGGUCUCCAGCGUCAGCGUAGCUGACCUAAAACCUGUUUCUUCUCUUCCUUCCUUCAAAAAUGGCUGGUUAAAGAGGGUGAAUUUCGUUCGCGUCGACCCCCAACCCACCACCCCCUCUACCGCAACCACCACCGCAACAACAACAACAACAACAACAACAACAACAACCAAUCCCAAAACCAACAACAAAAAACUAUCCUCCACCCAAUGGAAAAUCCAACAACUCCAAACCCAACAGCAACAACUCAAAGAGAAGAAACAGCAAGGGUGGAAGCAAAGGAUUUUUUCGUGGGCUCGGUUCAAGAGUGUUAAAGAGUUUUACGUUACUGAUGUCCCCCAAAAGACGGCGGAGAAGAGGGGGGUGAAGGAGGCGAGGGUUUGGGAGGAGAUUCGGGGGUUGAUUGAGAAGAGGGCGGUUAGGGAGGCGGAGAGGAGGAUGGGGGGUAGGUGAGGGUGAGGACAGAGUGAGGUAUGUAUGAUUAAAUGGGGACUAGAGUGGUGGCUUGGUUGUUGUGGCCGAGUGCCAUUUGUAACUAUCUCUAGGGGGGAAAGUGUAUAAGGCUCAUAGAUAUGCCAUGCCCUUUCUUUCAGGAAUCUACGCCUGCGGCACUAAAUCAUGACUGCUCUGUUUGUUGUACAUUUAUUGGGGUGCAUGAUACCUAUGUAGGCAAUAUCAUCACAUCCAAUGCCUGGCUGGCCAUGCUAUCAAACCUCAGUCGAUCCUUCAAUGUGCAUUUUCUCUAUAUCACAAACAUCAUCUACAAUUAUCCCCAU